AUGAAUAGUGCGGCUUUGAGUUUAGCCGCUUCCAUGUUUGAAGUAGCCGGUUCCGAUAACGAUGCACUAGCCGAUACAGAUACUGAGUUAUAUAUUCUUGGAAUCAAAUAUAAAACACCCAACGAUGCAGAUGCAAUUCUUCACGAUGUUGCUAGUAGAUUCUGGUUUACCUAUCGCACGGGAUUCGUACCCAUAGGUGGUCCGUCGGGUCCAGUGAAGGAUACAGGAUGGGGAUGUAUGAUGCGUUGCGGGCAAAUGAUGAUGGCUGAAGGUUAUCUAAGGUUCUUUUUGCCUGCUGGACGAAAUUUUCGCUGGCGGCCAAAUCUCACUGAUUCCGUAUAUUGGGAGAUUUUAAAUAUGUUUAUCGAUAAGCGGCAUUCAUCCUACUCAAUUCAUCAGAUCGUACAAAUGGGACAUUCCGAAGGCAAAGAAAUUGGCCAAUGGUUUGGUCCAAAUACCAUUGCUCAAGUGUUAAAACGAAUUGCUUCCAACGAAUUUGAUAAACAAGUGAAUGUACAUGUUGCGAUGGACAAUACUUUAGUACUCGAUGAAAUACGAAAGUUAUGUCAACCGAAUGUAAAAGGUCGAAAAUCAUCAAAAAAGUCGAACGACAAUCCGCAAACUUGGAAACCUUUAGUCAUCAUUAUUCCAUUAAGACUGGGCCUAAGCGAUGUCAAUACAGAGUAUAUCGAUCAAUUGAAGUUAUGCUUUCGAUUGCCUCAAACACUCGGUUGCAUUGGAGGCAAACCAAAUCAUGCACAUUAUUUUAUUGGUUAUCUAGAAAGUGAUGAACUUCUAUAUCUUGAUCCGCAUGUGACACAAUCGUAUGUCGACACAACUACGACAACCGAUGAUACGACAUAUCAUUGUGACAGAGUGAAUCGAAUGAAAUUCUCUAGCCUUGAUCCAUCGCUUGCAUUAGCAUUUGCUUGUAAAACUGAAGCUGACUUCAAUGAUUUGAUUGCAAAAUUAAAAGAGAAUCUUCCUUUGAGACCAAUGUUUGAAAUAUGUGAAGCAAAUCCAUUCAACCUUCAAAACAAAAAAGCUGAACAUCAUGGAGUGUUAACGUUAAGUUCCGACGAUGAUUUUGAAGUUGUGUAA